CACAUGGCUAUAAGACCAAGUUUCUACGUGGCUUCUAAUAUACCUAGUAGAUAAUCUGUGUUAUUAUAACUCUAUUGUAUCAUACUCUUCAUAGUGGUGAUAUUCACUAACUCUACAUGUUUUCAAAUCCAGGAAAAACUUUCACUUCAUUUGUAGAACUGAUAGUCCAAUAUUGUGGUCACAUUCAUUGAAGGAUGUUGUUGUUUACUUUUACUGGACUAUAUAGAGUGGACACAAUGUUAUUGUUAUAUAAAUAAAACUUGUAGAAGUCAAUAAAUGACUAGUGUAGUAUUGUAUCAAUGUAAUGUGUAAUAUAUAAGGCACGUGCCAAUAGGAUGUGUACUUAAAGUGUGGAUUUAUUAAUUGUUUAAGUGUGUUUCAUACAGAAAAAUCAUCAACAUGAUGCAUUCCGACCCAUUCUAUUAUUCUCCUAUUUCUAAUUUCUAUAGGCGUCCUACCCCAUACAUGGGCCAACCAGACUUCAGAAUUUAUGAACUUAAUAAAAGAUUACAGCAGAGAACAGAGGAAAGUGAUAAUUUAUGGUGGGAUGCUUUCACAACAGAAUUUUUUGAAGAUGAUGCUACCUUGACCUUAGCUUUCUGUUUAGAAGAUGGACCAAAAAGAUAUACCAUUGGUCGAACCUUGUUACCACGCUAUUUUCGUAGUAUUUAUGAAGGAGGAGUAACAGAUCUGUACUAUGUCUUAAAACAUCCCAAAGAGUCUUUUCACAAUACCACCAUAACAUUAGAUUGUGAUCAGGCAAUGAUGGUCACUCAACAUGGUAAACCAAUGUUUACUAACGUUGUUACAGAAGGAAGACUGAUAUUAGAAUUUACCUUUGAUGAUCUGAUGAGAAUAAGAUCUUGGCAUUUUUCAAUUCGUCAACAUCGAGAACUUAUACCUAGAAGUGUUAUAGCUGUCCAGCAGGAUCCUGCCAUGGUUGAACAGUUGUCUAAAAAUAUUACUAGACAAGGUUUAACCAAUUAUACGCUCAAUUUUCUCAGGCUAUGUGUGAUAUUAGAACCAAUGCAGGAGUUAAUGUCCAGACAUAAAGCUUAUGGAUUAAAUCCCAGAGAUUGUCUCAAAACAACGCUCUUCCAGAAAUGGCAAAGAAUGGUUGCUCCACCAGGUAAAGGUAAGAGAAAUGUUCGACCACCUAGUAAAAGACGGAAGAGAAAACAAUCAACAGGAAGUAAUUCUAAUUCUAAUAGUAGAGAUGGUGCACCAGCUGGUAAACAAAAACGAUCACCAGGUCCACAGGGUUUCAAUAUAAACACAUCAGAUGUAAUGAUGGUAGGAGAACCAACAUUAAUGGGAGGAGAAUUUGGUGAUGAAGAUGAAAGGUUGAUAACUCGUUUAGAAAAUAAUCAGUAUGAAUCAAACGGAAAUGAUGAAGAACAAGAUAAAUUUCAACAUUCACCAGCAUUACAACAUAGUCCCUGGGGUCAAGAUAAAAAGACCCCUCAACCUCCAACGUCAGCGUCAGGUGGUCCUCCCAAUGGUGGGGGUGGGGAGGUUGAAACAAAAGUAGAGUGACAAUAGUGCCUGUUGUUGAUUGUAAGUUGAGCAAUAUUAAACAAAUAUUUUCACUUGAUUUCAAUUAUCUACAUCAUUAUUUAUAUUGUUAAGCUAUCUCAUUGGAUUAGGACAACGAUAGUUUAUACUUGGCCGCCAUUUUUAACCUUUAACUUAUAUAGUUUUCUUGGGUUAACUCAAUUCAUGCUAGUCAUUGUAUGAGUUACUGUAGUCACACAUUCAAAACAUAACCCAAUUUAGCUUGUAUAUGUUUGAAUUCCAUUCAUUAUAUCUAAAAAAUAUACUGCUCCUGCUUAUGCAUGAAAAGUUGUCGAUAUUAUGACUAUAGACUAUUAUGUGGCU